UUACAAAUCACAUGAUUCAACAGGUAAAAAUUUCAAAAUAAUAUGUGGCUAUGUUCAUUAAUGUUAUGAUUUUUUCAUUUAAUUUGUGCAGUUUUAGGGGAAUUCUAUAAAAUGAGCAUAUUAACAGAAUAAGCAUUAUAUCAUGAGCGAUAUAGAAUGUCCACAAUGUAAAAAGAUAUUGAAGGAUUCAGCUAGAAGAUUAGUUCAAGAUAGUUGUGGCCAUAAGAAAUGUAGAUUGUGCCUAUUAGCAGAUGAAAUAGGAUGCCCUCAAUGUUCUACAGAUAAAUGCAUCGGUAAUAAUAAUAGCGAUUCUUCAAUAAAUGAUAUUAAAUUAAUAAAAGACUUGAAAAUUGAAAAACAUCAGACCACAGUUAUAACGUGUAACAAAUUUUGUGUCAAAAACAAAACAUCAAAUGUGGGUAAUUCAUUAAAGACGAACAAAAAGGAAGUAGAAGAAAAUGCUCAAACACAGAAUGAAAUACGUAAUAAGGACGUUUUAAUACAAACCCAAUCCAACAAGCGUAAAUAUGAUCUCUUUACAUUACCUAGUCAUAUUACAGUCAUAAAAAACAAUGGGGACCAAUAUAAAUGUAAUGUUUGUCAAAAAACGUUUUACACAAAGUAUUACGUAAACAACCAUAAGUAUUGUGCAGAAGGAACAAAGCCAUUUAGCUGUGAUAGAUGCAAGAAAUCAUUUGUAACUAAAUCACAAUUAGAAGCUCAUGUGUUGGUCCAUUUAGAUGUAGCACCUUAUCCUUGCAACAGUUGUAGUAAAUCUUUCAAAGAGAAGAGUAAGCUAAAAAGACAUAAACUGACUCACACUAAAUCGACAUCGUUUAUGUGUCAAACAUGUGGGAAAGGCUUUAAAAGUAAAGAUUAUCUCAAAAUACACUCAUAUAUUCAUGAAGAGGAAAAGCCAUUUAAAUGCAAAAUUUGCAAUAUAAAGUUUUCAAAUUCAUCCAACUUAAAGAAACAUCUUUUAAAGCAUUCAAAAGAGAAAAAUCAUAUGUGUGAUCAGUGUGGGAAAAGAUUUAAGUCGAGGUGGUCGUUGACAGUUCAUAGGAGAUCGCAUGCUAGACUGAGGGUUCAUAAAUGUUCAGAAUGUUCUAAAGCUUUUAUUAAUGCUAAAGAAUUACGAAGACAUUUAUUGACUCACAUAGAUUUAAAGCCCUAUUCCUGCGGGUCGUGUGAG